AUGUCCAGGAUGAUAACCAGGAAUGGCGGAGUUCGCCAGACGGUGAUCACUGACGCCUCUGCAUCGUCGGAUGUUAAGCGCACCGCUGACCUGUUCACAGAAGAGGACAAGGAUGCUCUUCAGCCUGCAGCACAUGGUGCUAAGGAAGCCAUUCGGGACUUACUUGCUGCGAGCGCUGGGGACAAUUCGCAGCAGGGUGAUGGUGCAGAUAAGAGCAAUGUCAAUAAUGGAGUGCCUGGCGAGUCCCUGCAGAAGGAGAAAGAGGAGGUGGUCAACAAGCCUACUCAGCAUGAUGACGAGGAAGAUGAUGACGGCUACCUCAGCGAUGACCCGGAGGAGCGGUACGAUGUGCAGGCGAAGAGCGAAGUUGCACAGCGGAUUCGUUUCGCCAUCGUGUUGCUGAUCCCGAUCGCCUUCAAACCGGAAGCGACGCGCGUGCAGGCGACGUUGCGUGCGCUCUUCAAUCUGUGGAGGAAAGAUCUGCACAUGGAGAUUCAGGCGACAACAAAGUUUCAGGAGCUGACGGCAUUGUUUCUGAACAAGAAGCAGUAUACGAGGCUACAGGUUACCUUCGAGAGGGCCCGGGAUGCCAACUUCGGGUGGAAGCACGGGAUUGUGCAUACCUGCGUUGACGGGAAGCGUAUUAACCUGGACUGGCAGCACCCGGUGGACCCUGCUUACGUGAAGGCGCGUGCUGCGGACCCGCUGUUGAUCGAGGUCCUGUUUAAGGGAGUGGACACGGUGAUCACGCCUGAGAUGCUGUGCGACAUGCUGGUGACGGUGAAGUUGGAGAAACGGGGACGUCCGGCUUUCAAGGAGGGGUGCUGCUUCCAUCGGGUGGUGAAUCCUGUCACGGGGAUGGACACCGACAAGAGCUCCAAGGCAGGUGUCAAUCUGGUGGCGGCGAAGAAGGAGUUCGGAGUGUGA